AAACCAACAUUUUCGCUGGUCUUUACAAACACCAAAGGGCUUGAAGAUGGCGGGUGCGAGCCCUAGUAGCGGUCCGGCUCUAAACUCCAGCUGUGCAUGUGCUUGAAGUGCUUUGCAACAACAUGGCCCUUGGACUUUCGCGCUGGGUGGACGACAACCUCGACCAGCUCUCGCGCCUUGAGAGCCAGCUGCAAGCCCUUGCUGCUCAAGCGUUUGUCCAUGUGAACGGUGUCGCUGCCGGGAGCUCGGCUCCUCACUACCGGGCUGUGCCGGAGUCUAUUCGUGAUGCCGUUCGCUCAGCUCUCGUUGCUGGCUCGUUCCCGGAGCUGCCUGGCGGGGCGAUAGGAGGAAAUGCUCCUGGGCUUCAAGCGUCUGACACGGCGCCAUCUUCAUUAGGCGAGCAUGCGACCGAUAGCAGCAAGGAGACGGAGGACAAACCGCUGGCGAAGCGGCGGAAGGUUCUCCAAGGGCAGCAUGCUGAUCGCAUGCCGUUUGCGCCAGCUGCGCGUAACGACGGUCUCGCACAUCUGUCUCUUGACGGCCUCAUGCAGCUGGCGUCUGGCCUCGUUACUGAGCAGCCGCGCAAGCUUGGAACUAUCUCGACGGGCUUACUAUCCCGCCAAGGCUGUGUCGGGGUGGCUGGGUGCGGUGGAGACAACAGCGGCAAGCAGCGCCGACUGCCGGGCCUGCAUGACGGGCCCAUCGGCCGCGUUGGCAGCACCUCUAGCGGCGGAGACGCUCGGCGGUCACCACCAGGUGCCGGGCGCAGCCUUAGUGGUGGUGGUGGUGCUGCAGGCAUGGGCGGCGGCAUCAGCACUUUGCUCAAGAGCCACCAGUCGCAGCCGCAUGAGCGGGGAGCGGCCGCAGCAGGCGGUGUCCCUCUCCCUCCAUUGGCAGUGCAGCGGGCCUGGACUGACCCUGCUCUGGGCUCUGCCGCGCCCCCGCCGCAAGCCCAGCAGGCAACGCCGCUGGAGGCGCACGCCGCACCAGCAGGCGCCGUGCCUCAACCUCCGGCCACGCAGCCGGGUCACGAGCGGGAUUGCAAGCUCCCUGAUGAUGGCAUGGACCAGGCCGGCAGACCGGCGAAUCGUGAUCCAGCGCGCGGCGGCGGCGCUGCCAACGCUGCCAAUGCAGGCGACGCAACUGGGAGGGCAGCGACGAAUGGCGGGGCUGGGGCCGCGCCUGAGGCCGGGGCUGCGGACGACACGGAUCGCGUCCUCUCGCAACAGCCGCAGCCACAGCAGGACGGCGAGGCGCUGCCGAAGAAGACUAGGCGCGCGCCGUUGUGGCUGCAGCAAAUGCUCCCGGCGCGCAGCCGGCCGGGCGCUGCGCCUGCGGCCGGCACCAAGCGGCCUGCUGCCGCUGCGGGCGGCAAGAAGCGGGCUGCAGGUGACGCAGCUGCUGGCGGCGCCGAUGCAGCUGCAGCGGGUCCGGUGUCCCGGCCCCCUGCUGACAGCACAGCUGCGCCGAUGCCGGCGGCGGUGCAGUCGGGUGCGGCUGGGGCGGCUGCGCCUUUGGAGUCAGCGCUGGCGGCGCCCACUGUUGAUAUCCUUGGCGGUGGCAGCACCACGGCGGCGGCAGCAGCGGCGGCGGCAGCGGCGCCAGUUGCUGGUGGCAUUCUGGAGCAGUCGCGUGGCUCGCCGCUGGCAUCUGGUGGCGUUGGGCUGGGUGUGCGCUCGGACGGCAGGGACAGCUGCCACACCUCUCCGUGCAGCAGCGGUGGCGCCGGCAGCAGUGGUGGCGAGGAGGGGCAGCGUCGCACCUUGACGGGCUCCGGCACGCUGACCAAGACGCAGCUGCGGCGCAAGCGGCAGCAGCCUCAGCAGCAGUCACCUCCGACGGAGCAGGAGCCGCCGCCGCACAUCCAACAGGAGCAGCCGCAGCCGGGGCCGCAGCAGUUGCCGGAGCCUCAGCCGCAAUCUCAGGCGGAGCGCGCCGCCACCGCGGUCGCCGCAGGUCCACCUCUUGCAGCCGUGCCGCCUGCGGCCGCGGCUGCACCGGCGGCUGCCACCCCGGCCUCGUCUGAUGAUGGCCUCGUUGAUGUACCGCUGGCCGCUCGCUUGGCCAAGCGGCAGAAGGGCGGGAUGGCGUCGCAUGCCGCCGCUGCCGGUACAAGCCCAGUUACGGCUGCCGCGGCGAUCGGUGAGGGGCCUACUGCUGCUUCUGCCGCGGGCGUUGCAGGGCCUGCUGUCAAGGCUGGGAGCAAGGCGGGCGGUAAAAAGCCCAAGGUGCCCAGGAGGGCCGAGGCGGCCACUGCAGCUCCAGCAGCAGCUAAGGCGGCGGAGGCGCCGGCGGCGGUAAUGACUGCCACCGAGAGUGCUACUGGGAUAGGGUCCGCCACUGCGGUCGCCCAGCCCACUGGACCGGCUCCGGAUCUGGCUCCGGCUCCGGCUCCAGACCUGGCUCCGGCUCCAGAUCUGGCUCCGGCUCCGGCUCCAGAUCUGGCCCCGGCAGCGGCUCCGGCUCCGGCUCCGGCAGCGGUCGAGCCCGCGCCAGGCCCAGCUUUGGGUGUGCUGCAGCCGGCACCCCAGGCUGCGCAGCCUGACGCGGACAGCACUCCGUCGGAGGCAGCGGUGCCAGCUUCAAAGCCCUGCGAAGUUGCCGAGCUGCACGCCGUGGGAUCCGAGGGCGCUGUGGCGGCCGUGCCUGGGCUUGCUGCAAUGCCAGACGCAGCUGCCGCUGAUGCUCCCAUGGCACCAGCUGCCGCGCCUUCACCGAUGGCUGGCCCGGAGCCGCAUGCGGCACCCGACUCCGCAGCUGCUGAUGCCUCAGCUUCGGCUGCAGCCGCUGCUGCUGCUGCUGCUGCCACGGCAGCUGCAAGCGCAGACGAGGAGCUCGAUGCAGGGGUUGCGGCUGCAGCGGAUGCGGCCGCUGACGUCGAAGCGGCCCUUGACGCCGCUGCUGGUUGGGACUUCCCGCCAGAGGAGCAGCCGCAGCAACCGCCGGCGCCUGCUGCCAAGCUGGAACGCAAGUUCAAGCCCUCAGCGCCGCUCCGGAACCGCCAACGCCUUGUGCAGCCGCAGCAGCCCGUGGAAGCCGCUCCUGUACCGGAGCCUGUGCCUGGUAGCGCGGGGCUAGCCGCAGCCGCCAACAACACGUGUGCUGUGGACGUCAGCCUACCGGUCCGAACUGGUUCGGCGGUACCCGCGGCGGUGGUGGUUGAGGUUGAAGCCGUGCAGGCGACGGCGGCGGUCGACGCGGCCACAGCCGCAAGCGCCAUGCCGGCUGGGCCUGCGCAACCGGCUGCCAACGCAUCGGCUGCCAACACUGCCGCCACGGCACCGGAGCCGCACAUGAGUGCUGUGGCACGUGGAGCGGCUGCUGACAGCACGGCCGCUGUUCGCCCCACCGGCUCCGGCUGCGACGGCGCAGGCGCAGCCGCAGCUGCGGCCGCGGCGCCGGCCGGAGGCGCGGCACGGCAGUCCAGCGGCGGUAGCCAGCCUCCCAAGCAUCCACAGCCGCACCACGCCGGGCCCGCCAGGACGUCGUCCUCGGCUCGUGCCGCGGCCGCCGCCCAUGAGAAUGAGGUGGCGGCGCUGCGCACGCAUGCCCAGCUGGCGGCAGCUGCUGAGUACCUGGCGGCGCACUUGGGCGAGGACGGCGCCGCAGCGGCGGCGGCAGAGGCGGCCGCCGCCGCGGCGGACCAGACGGAGGCGGCGGCGGCGGCGCGUAGCCGCGGCACCAGGCCGAGCAGCAGCGGCAGCGGCGGGCUGGCGGAUGCCGGCGCGCCCCGCAGCACUGCGCGCGUGCGAAGCACGGGCAGCGGCGGCGGCGGCACGCGGCCCGACGCGGCGGCGCGUCCCGCCGCCAGCGGCGGCAUAACUGGGCCUGUGGCCCAGGCUGCCGCCUCCCACAGAUCUUCUGGCGGCGGCGCUGCCGGCGCUGCUGCGGCGCCGCCGGCCGCGUCAGGUGCCUUCACGGCAUCUGGGUGUGCAGUGGGCGCGGCGGCAGCCGGCCCCGGGCUCUCGGCGGGCCCGGCCGGUGGCAGUGACUGCGCGGACUACGCGCCCGGCUGCGGCUUGCACCGCGCGCCUGUGGACACGGCGACCAGCCCCGCGCGGGCAUUCGGCGGUGUCGGCGUGCCCCCAAAGGCUGGCGCUGCUGCUGGUGCUGCUGGCACUACCUGCGAUGCCUCUCGCGGCGGCUCCCCGGACCCCGAGGGCGGAGCCGGGGGCAGCCGCGGCGGCGCGACGUCGGAAGGCGGCGGCAUCGGCGACGGCGAGGAGGCGGUGUCGGAGAUCGAGCGCGAGGAGUGGCGACGCCGCCGGGCUGAGAUAGAGCGCCAGCGUGCCGAGGCGGCACUGGAGCGCGAGGCGGCACGGCGCGCCCGCGCCGCCGCCGCCGCACCUGGCGGCUCUGGCAUGGGUGGCGCUGGCACCGCCGCUGGCAACCCCAACGCUGCCGCUGCUGUGGCGGCCGCCGCCGCAGCUGCGGUGGACGCGGAGCUGCAGCGGCGCAUCCGGGAGCGGCUUGCGGAGCACCACCAGGCGGCAGAGGCGGCGGCGGCGGAGGCGGAGGCCAAGGAGCAGCUGAGGAUCCGGGUGCGCCUGCAGCUGCAGGACCGGCACCGCAAGGCGCUGCAGGAGCGCAACCUGGGCAAGCUGCUGCGCGGCCUGGGCGCACUGCCCAAGACCGCUCCGCCACUGCGCACGGUGGAGCAGCGCAGCCGCGCGCUCAAGGCCGCGAAGAUCCGCUACCACCCGGACAAGGCCGCGGGCACGCUGGAGGCUCUUGUGUACGCGGAGGAGGUGUCGAAGCUACUGAACAGCUGCGAGUGGAACGGGCUGUAGCGGCUGGACGGCGGUGGGGCUCGUUGUGGACUGUCUUCAGAGGCAGCUCGUCCAGCUGUCAGGCACACCGGAAUGGGAUACCGGCAAUCCGGCCUGAUGUGCAUUGAGACGUUGCCUGGUUGGUGUACGCGUACGUUGUGUUGGUACCAUUACCGGUACUGGUCAGCAAGCACCACUUGCCUUGCCGGUGUGUACAUAUAGCUUCUUCUACAUCUGUCCGCUCGGGUUUGUUUGCGGGUUCUACGAUGCAAUCAUGGAGUCGCUGUGGGGCACGUAGCUCUGCCAUGAAGAGGCCCUUCAAACAGAACACAUGCUCUCUGAAUUUAACCCUCACUGUUCGAUCAACGGCAGCUGGAUUCACUGUUCGAUCAACGGCAGCUGGAUUUUGGUGGUUUUGGGGAUGGCUUUCAUGGCCCGUGUGUACGUUUCUGUAAACUUAGGGCCCCCCACCUGGGUGUUUGUACACGAGAUCUGCGUGGCAUCAGGUGGUCUUGCACUGCAUUGCUGGAAUGUGGACCCGUGGCCUGUGGCGUAUGCGGUGUGCUUGCGCGCUCGGAUUGGCCCCUCUUGUCGUCUUGCAUUCAUAUGCGGACAGACUUGUGGCUUUCGCUGCUGCUAUCCCAUCUGUGUAGAUAGAGCGGUGGCGCCUUAGGGCCAAGAGUAAUGAUGGAGCGGUGGGUGGCGGCAACUGCAAGGUGUCUCAAGCUGGGGCCGUGCGCAGUCUGUAUGCAUUGGUCAACCGGGCUUCACUUCGGCCAGGACCAUCGUCUGAAACUAGGCAAUCUGUUGAACCUCAAUUUGGGCUGAGGAACCUGCCAUGCUAUAACACACUACGUCUCCUGCAAACAAGGGUAAGAAAGGUGGAAUGUUGUGCAACUCGCCGGGUCAUGCCUGUCGACGCGCCUGAAUGCAGCUGAACUGUUGAACUCGCCUUCCGCCCUUUCCCGUGAGGGUGUGAGGCUGGUGGCACGCCACGGACGGGGGUGUCCUGAAACGCUGAGCUCGAGGGGGUCAGCCCAAAAAGCCAAUGCACACAGUGUCGGAAGAGGGUGUCGUAGCGCGAGUACGGCAUGAAAGUCAGGUGUUGCUGUCCCGCCGCUCAUGGCGAUGGCUCCUGUGACGAGCUGAUUCGGGAUGUCCAAGGAUAAUGGCUGA